AUGGAUCACCCGGAGUGGAAAGCAUUUAUAGAAUUUCCCCUGAUCCCUGCAGCACCCUCUUUCAAAAAUCAUUUAGGCUUGAAAUCCCCUAUAGUAAUCAGCGAUAGUGCACGCGGUUCAUAUUUUCACAACCUCCCCAAAUCUAUCACCACCCGCCAGGAUAGCGUCUCUAUCUAUCUAUCUAUCUCAUCUAUCUAUCUAUCUAUCUAUCUAUCUAUCUAUCUAAUUCUUUUAAUAUCUAUCUAUCUAUCUAUCUAUCUAUCUAUCUAUCUAUCUAUCUAUCUAUCUCAGUCUGUUUAUUAUCUAUCUGAAUUCUGUUCAUUAACUCAAUCAUUUAAUUAUAUCUAUCUAUCUAUCUAUCUAUCUAUCUAUCUAUCUAUCUAUCUAUCAAAUCUCAGCUGUUUGUAUCUAUCUCAGUUUUUUAUAUCUAUCUAUCUAUCUAUCUAUCUAUCUAUCUAUCUAUCUAAUUCUUUUAAUAUCUAUCUAAUUCUUUUAAUAUCUAUCUAUCUAUCUAUCUAUCUAUCUAUCUAUCUAUCUAUCAAAUCUCAGCUGUUCGUAUCUAUCUCAGUUUUUUAUAUCUAUCUAUCUAUCUAUCUAUCUAUCUAA